GUUAGUAAGAGUCGUUUUACUCGCUGUAUUAGUCUACUCUUACUCUGCUGUUACUGUUUCUGAGGAUGAGUAUAAGGCAGAGUUCUAUAAACUUACUCGGCGACUUCAGUCCUCCAGCGACAGCCCUUAUGGAUCAGCAACCAAACGACUAUCAUCAGCUGCUAGAUACGGCAUAUUCAGGACCCGAUACUCUAAGAUAAAAGAGAUAAACUCUGAGGGGCGUAGUUUUGAAGCUGUUUCUAAUGAGUUUGCUAUCAUGAGUGACGAGGAACUGGAAAUGUUUACUGGGUUAAACAUAUCAUUCUACCGGCCCACUGAAGGAUUAUCAAUGGGAGGGGCUGGUAGACUUGGUGCUGCUGCUGACCUUCCUCAAUCUGUCAAUUGGUACGAAAAUGGUAAUGUAACGGAGACGAAAGCGCAGGGGUCCUGCGGAAGUUGUUGGGCGUUUGCUGCUGUUGCAUCACUCGAGUCACACUACGCUAUAAAAACGGGCACUCUCAAGACGCUUAGCGAACAACAACUCUUGGACUGUACCUACAGCGACUACGGGUAUGACGGUUGUCAAGGAGGAUGGAUGGGGGACGCUUUCAAACAGAUCAGGAAUAAGUUGGGAAACAGGCUUGCAACCUCCGAGACGUACGGCUACACAGGUAAAGGUGGAUCUGAGUGUGUAACCAACAUCUUCACUAAGAGGGGCACCAAAGUUGUUAACGCUCUUGUUGCUGCUAAUCUGGCUGUGACUUCCUACACUCAAGUUGAAUUUAACGAUAAUGAGAAGGAAGCACCGUUCGAAAAGAAUCUCGCACGUGCAGUUUCAAUAGGACCAGUGACAGUGGCUAUCGAGGUUGUCAACGCCAUGUACACCUACGGUCAAGGUGUUUACGAUGAAAAGAACUGUAAAAACCAGGUUAACCACGCUGUGACAGUUGUUGGGUAUGACUCUGACGUUUUCGUGAUAAAGAAUAGUUGGGGCUCAGGGUGGGGCGAAAAAGGGUAUAUUAAGUUUGACAGAAAAAUCAGUAACCAGUGCUUUAUUGGAGAGUAUCCCGAAUAUCCUAACUUGAAGCUUACUGGAGAAGAAGAGGAUAACUCUGAGGACGAAAAUCCAUGCGAACCAAAUCCCUGCCAAAAUCGUGGAAAGUGUCAAAAGAUUAAAGAGGAUGGUGUGUCAACGUAUAAAUGCAAAUGCAACAAAAAGUUCAUCGGAUCACAGUGUCAAGACAAAGUUGCUACUUGCAAAGACAAAUCACGCCGAUGUCCUACAAAUAAGAAUGAUGACAGAUGCCUUGCCAGAAGAAAAUUUUAUAAUAAGAAAUGCAAACUUUCUUGUGGUUUCUGUUAUUUGUGAUUUGAGUGUUUUAAGAUUUAUUAAAUAUGAUGCAUAACUUUAACUUGAACGUGUUUUUUAUUCAACACUUUGUUUGUG